CGCUGUGAGCAACACGGACCGUGUUUAUUGAUGCACACAGGACCGGAUGUGCACAAUACACACGUGAAGAUGGGGAAACAGAAGAAACACGUGCAGUUUAAAGACGGAUCUAAACGUAAACCUGGGUUUAAAAACAGACAGAAUAAAUGUGUCGUCAUGUUCGAUGAUAAAGACAGACAUGAGUUCCUCACUGGUUUCCACAAGAGGAAGGUGGAGAGGCGUAAAGCAGCAGUGGAGGAGAUAAAGAAUAAACUGAGAGAGGAGCAGAAACGAGUGAGAGAGGAGAGACAUAAAGAAUACCUGAAGAUGCUGAAGGAGAGGAGGGAGGCACUAGAAGCUGCAGAUGAACUUGAUGACGUCAUCACCUCCACGACAGAGUCCACGCAGUAUGAUCACCCCAACCACACCGUAACCGUGACGACCAUCAGUGACCUCGACCUGUCUGGCGCUCGACUGCUGGAGUCUCUGACGGAUCGUGCUGCAGCAGUGAGGGGUGAUGAUGAUGAUGAGAGACGUGAUGAAGAGGAGAAAGUUGAAGCGUUACCCAGGAAAGCAGGAAAUCCUCUGCUGUCCAAAAAGAUCAAAUCUCUCUCAGCGUCACUUCACUGCUUCACCAAACAGAAGAAGAAGAGAAAAGGUAACCUGGACAGUCGGGGGCGGAGUCAGCAGGGGGACAGGAAGUCGUCGGUUGCCGUGGGCAACAAGCACCGUCUAGGCAAAACAACAAAGAAGCAGCGGCGCCAGAGAACAGGCAGGAAGGGGCGGAGCCAGGACUGAGGUCGACGCGACAGAGACUUUGUUUAUAGUUCUAAAUGUCACAGAAGAGUUUCCUCAAAUCCUGGAAUCAUCACGUGUGGGUCUAGAACAUGAUCACUCCUGAUGUCUGUACCACUCUCACCUGCUGUUUAACUUCACUACAGAUGUUUGUGGUUUGGGACACAGCCGUGGGGUGUGGCCGGUUGUCAUGGUAACUAGAGAAGCUUCAUAUGUAACAGUGACAGCAGAGAGGAACCUGAACUGUUGUUGUUUUAUACUGAAGAUGACAUCAUCGUAGUGCUGAACUUCACUAUACUGCUUUAGUGUGUGUGUGUGUGUGUGUGUGUGUGUGUGUGUGUGUGUGUGUGUGUGUGUGUGUGUGUGUGUGAAGCUGAAACACUGCAGAA